GGAGCAUCGUAAACAUGAUAAUCACACAGCAAGAGCGCUAUAAAACCUGCUUGAUCAGCGAGCCGGACUUUAACAUCACUCACAGCUGUAAUGUACGUGGCCAUAAAGCCAGAAGAGCAUUAAUAACUCAAUGACCAGAGUUUUAUGGCUUUAUCGCGUAUGUAAGUGAUAGUUUGUUCAGCUGUUGAGGACUCACUCGUGCUUUGAGCUCCGUGCCCUUUCUGGAAGAAUUGACUUUAUUCUCAAUCAUUUGCGUUCAUUUGUAACGUGAACUGUGUGAUAUUAGGAUGGCGGUGUCUAAAUCCACAUUAGCGAUCGUUUUUUUAGUUCUGGGAAGUUUGGCAGUUUUGUUCGGGACUGUCCUGGUGUUUGUUGGACCGAUUAUAAUAGACGAUCAAAUAGUGAAGAAUGUAGAGAUAAACCCGAAGAACGAUCUAUCCUACACUAUGUGGAAGGACAUCCCGGUUCCCUUCUUUAUGUCUGUAUAUUUCUUCCAUAUCGUCAAUCCUGAUGAAAUCCUAAAAGGAGAAAAGCCAAUGGUGAUACAGAGGGGGCCGUAUGUUUACCGUGAAAAGCGCUGGAAGGACAACAUUACAUUCCAUGACAACAACACUGUUUCGUAUAUGGAAUAUCGGCAGUAUUUCUUUGAGGAGAGCAUGUCCGUGGGAGAUGAAUCUGAUGUGGUCACCAUCCCUAACAUGCUAGUGCUGGGCGCAUCGGUAAUGAUGGAGAAUAUGCCGUUUCCUAUACGCAUUUUGCUCAGCACCACGUUCAAGACCUUCAACGAGGGACCUUUCUUGACAAAACCAGUUGGAGAACUCAUGUGGGGCUACGACAGCAAGUUGGUGGACUUCCUGAACAAAUAUCUUCCCGGCAUGCUUCCAUCCAGCGGCAAGUUUGGCUUAUUUGCUGAGUUUAAUAACUCCAACUCUGGACAGUUCACCGUGUUCACUGGCCAAGAUGACAUCCGGAAGGUUCAUAAGGUGGACUCUUGGAAUGGCAUGAAAAGCGUGGAUUACUGGAGGUCUGAGCAGUGUAACAUGAUCAAUGGUACGGCGGGACAGAUGUGGCCUCCGUUCAUGAACACCGAGUCGACCCUGCCCUUCUACAGCCCUGACGCGUGCCGGUCCAUGGAGCUGGUGUACCAGAGGUCAGGUGUGUCGCGUGGGAUUCCCGUGUACCGCUUCGUGGCGCCGAAGACUCUUUUUGCCAAUGGUGCGGAUUAUCCUCCCAAUGAGGGCUUCUGUCCGUGUCGUCAGUCCGGGCUCCUGAACGUCAGCACCUGUAGACACAAUUCCCCUGUGUUCAUUUCUCAUCCGCACUUUUUUGAGGCUGAUCCAGUCCUUUUGAAAACUGUCAACGGAUUGAGCCCAAAUGAAGAUGAACAUGGACUUUUUAUCGAUAUCCACCCGGAGACCGGUGUGCCGAUGAACGUUUCCAUACGGCUGCAGCUCAAUCUGCUCAUAAAGAGUGUUUCGGGCAUCUCAGAAACAGGAAAGAUAACGGAGGUGGUGAUGCCCAUGAUCUGGUUUGAAGAGAGCGGAUACAUUGACGGUCCCGUUCUCAACACGUUCCGCACUAAUCUGGUGGUGUUGCCCAUGGUCAUGGAGUACAUGCAGUACAUCUUCAUCGGUCUCGGACUCGCAACCAUUCUGGGAGUCGUGAUUUUAUACAUUGUGACAAGUGAAAAGAAAGCCAGGAAAAAGACCGCAGUUUCUCCCACACAAAUGGAAAGCGUAAAAGAUACAAAACACGACCCGACCAAUGAGGCGCAGGCUGAAAAAUUAAACGUGAAUGACACAGAUAAAAAGUAAGCUGUGUGCCCAGCCCUGCACAGAUGUGGAUCCAUCCAGCUCAGCCAGUGAAAAGACCCCAUUACUACAGGCCUCAACCAGCUAGAGCCACUCUGCACACUGCAGAUCACUCUGUAUAAACUCUCAAUCCCACAAUCCACUGGGCAAUAAAUAACUUUUUUUAUUAAGCGUUGUAGUUGAAUGAACUGAAUUAAGAACAAACCAUCCAGAACAGGAUUAUGAACUCUUGAGUGGCUUGUGUUUUGCACAGCAGUUGGGUUUAAAGUUCUCUGUGGGGUCAAUACUAUAUCUUCUCAUUUUUUGGGUGAAAAGGUGACACUGGUACACUUUCAAAUUAAAUUGACAAUUUACUACUAGACGAUGCGUUUUCAAAUGGUGCAUUUUUAUAGCUUUAAAAAAAUUGUUAAACACUCCAAACCUUAUCUCCUCAGAGGGAAAAAUGUAUUUAUAGACGUUUAACCUUUAUCCUGUAAAUAAGUAAGGGAUGUGAACACUGGAUAUCAUUUCCGUGCCAUUGAGUGAAAUGUCCUCUGAAAACAAAAAAAUGCUGAGCUAACAUGUUUCUCAUUAUGCUGAAUACACAUGUUGCUUUUGUUCUGUCUGUAGAGCCACUUGUAUUUAAUGGAUGUAAAAAAGUCGUUGUUUGUAUUCUCUUGAUUGUUCGGUAUAAAAUUAAAUGGUAUUGUUUUAUGAGCCAUUCAA